AUGGCAUCAUUUGAUCAGUUUAGUUUUCUUCCUCCGGAAUUACGCCGGAUGAUCUGGAAAGCCUGCCUCCCAAUCCGAGUCGUCGAAGUUCAGAACAACUUCCACCUCCCAAUCGCCAUCGAUUGCCAGCACACCUGGACCACCCGAGAAAACUCCAUUCCGCCAGUUCUUAUGAGAGUGUGCCGUGAGUCCCGAUCUGUUGCUUUGGAGACUUAUGUUACCUUGGCCCAAUACCGGGACCCUCCAACCUGGCUUAUCAAAGGAAUUAGUUGGAGGGCAUGGUUUGACCCUAAGACAGAUAUCCUGGCGUCCUACUUCGAUUAUGUGAAUAUGUUCGAGCGUUUUGAGCAUACCUUUGUGGAUGCUAGUGCAUACUAUGAUUGGUUUGCUAGACAAGGCCAAGAGGGACUGAUCUUGGCGGAUCGUUUCUUGAGAUGGUCACCCGAUGCAGAUAAGUGUGCCCAAGGACUUUUCUUACCCGUAGACACAAGCAAGGGCAUAUCAAAGCGCACAGAGUAUCUUGUUGCUCUGCAGGUCUUGCCAAUCCAUACGGAUCUCAAGAAUGCCCUUGAUUCUCAGCUUUUUGGCCUUCUGGGUGAUUCCCCAAUCCAGAUCGUGGAUCCAUACGACACGGAGCGACUGCAGAAGUUCUUGGAAUUGUCCAAUCCCCAAGACAGGGACGUGCGUCUGUUCAGCGACAUGGCUAUCGAUACCGAGGGGCUGAAGAAGAGCAUCGACAAAUGGAGCUCGAAUCUUGUAGUGGCCUGGAUUUGGGAAAAAUGGGGCAGGGAGAUAGAAAAGGCGGCCCUAGACAUCCCCAGUCCACAUACUGUCUGGAUAGGUGAUCACUGGACUGGCCUUGGUCAGUAUAUUGGCAUGCCUGGGGCGACUUUGCGCCCUAACAUGGACCACCCAUGGGUCCAACAAAUCGUCAAUUCUAUGCCGCGCUUUCGCCCAACUCUAGUUUUCCGACUUUGUGUGUUGAACUGUCCUCGGCUUGAUCCCUAUACUCGGUCUGGUGUCUUCACCCACCCCGAGCAAAUGAUGUUGGCAAAUGAAGGAUGGGAAAAGGCCAAGCAAGACAAGGAGGCAUGGGAGAGGGGGGAAUUGUAG